CGGAGCUUCGGAAGCCGCGGAGAGCACCAGCCGCCGCCGCGGGAGCCAGUCCGGCCGCACCAUGCGAGAGCUGGCCAUCGAGAUCGCUGUGCGAGCCCUGCUCUUCGGGGUCUUCGUGAAAUGUUUUCUGUUAGCAGAUCAGAUGUGGAGCUGAUGUUUUGUGCAAUGAAGAUCCCAAGAGGAAACUCUCUGGAUAAUUUUCACAGAUGGUUCAGAGCCUUUUACACAGCCCAGACUAAGAUCUUCAAAAAAGAAGAAAAUUAGCAAACAAUAAUGCAAACCAGGCUUGGCAUGCAAAGUUUACCCUGAGAAGUUUGCCCAGUGUUCAGGAAAAAUAAAAGUACAAUGUGUAGCUUGGGGGCUAAUUUAGGGUUCUGAAGUUUGUGGGUUUGUGGCCCUGUUGCUCUGACUCAGGGACUGGGCAAAACAGGGAAGAGCAGUAUCUAGGGGGCUCCUUCUGUUUGCUGCCACCUAAGACCCCAGCAGGGGUUUGGUGAGUGGUCUCACAGAUGUCAAAGCUGGAGCUGGAUCAUGGUCUGCAGCAUGUAGCUGCUAGUCCACAGCCUGGUGGGGUACUAUUUUGAGUAUACCAUUUACCUUUAUUGCUAUCGCUUGUAAAGCACCUCUUGUUUGUUGAGGGCUUACUGCACAUCAGGCAGUAAUGAAAACUGUCACAUAUCCAUUUACCUGAUGAGGGAGUAUAUUGAUAUAUCUUUGUCAUAGGUUGAAGCAACUGAAGCACAAUCAGAUUAAGAAGCUGGCCAAAUUACAGAGCUAAGAAGCAGUUCUGAGAUUUAAAUUCAGAUACUGAAGUUUUACAGAGUUUUUGGAUCCAUUCCAGAGAGUCAUCCAGCCGGAAGAGAUCUGGCUCUAUAAAAAUCCUUUGGUGCAAUCAGACAACAUACCUACCCGCCUCAUGUUUAAGUCACCUUUUGCUACACUAGGGAGUUCCGUCGUCGUCGUCAUUGUCGUCGUCGUCGUCGUCAUCAUCAUCAUCAUCAUCAUCAUCAUCAUCAUCAUCAUCAUCAUCUUCAUCAUGAACUUCCAUAGCAGCCAGCAUUCCUUGAAGACAGGAACUGUGCUCAUCACUCUACAAGCAGCACCUCAGUUGAUUUUUCUCAGAAUCCACUGAGGUCAGCACUUUCGUUGACCCCAUAAUUUCAGGAUGAAAAUAAACAGCUUUUCCAAGGCAAUUUCUUUCCUCACACCCUUGGCUGUUAUUUGUGUGGUGAAAAUUAUCCGGCGAACAGACAAGACUGAAAUUAAGGAAGCCUUCUUAGCUGUAUCCUUGGCUCUUGCCUUGAAUGGAGUCUGCACAAACACUAUUAAGUUAAUAGUGGGAAGACCUCGCCCCGAUUUCUUUUACCGCUGCUUUCCAGAUGGAGUGAUGAACUCAGAAAUGCACUGCACAGGUGACCCUGACCUGGUGUCCGAGGGCCGCAAAAGCUUCCCCAGCAUACAUUCCUCCUUUGCCUUUUCGGGACUCGGUUUUACGACAUUCUACUUGGCGGGGAAGCUGCACUGCUUCACGGAGAGUGGGCGUGGGAAGAGCUGGCGGCUCUGUGCCGCCAUCUUGCCCCUGUACUGCGCCAUGAUGAUCGCCCUGUCCCGCAUGUGUGACUACAAGCACCACUGGCAAGAUUCUUUUGUUGGUGGAGUGAUCGGCCUCAUUUUUGCGUACAUCUGCUACAGACAGCACUACCCUCCGCUGGCCAACACAGCUUGUCAUAAACCAUAUGUCAGUCUUCGAAUGCUGACCUCAAUGAAGAAGGAGGAGAUGCCCACAGCUGACAAUGCGCCCACCUUGCCUCUGGAGGGGAUCACUGAAGGCCCUGUAUGAUGAGAAUCCUGGGCGCAUGGACCCUGAGCCCCCGGCCCAUUCUUCCACCCUGACUUCACAACACAGUGGAAAAUGGUUUUCUGUAGUGUGUUUCUCAUCAGUUGUCUCUCAGAGUUUCCCUUCUUCUCGUUCCAUUUUGCCAAUGGCGUUCUUGCCACUCUCAGUGUUCCCUAUCAGCGUUUUUGAAAUUAUAAGGUUAGGACAGCAGGAACAAUCUGAGAGAUGUGGGGGAAGAAGGCUGCAGAGAUGGGGUGGGUGUAGCUCGGCUGAUUCCUCCACCUGAAAUGUUUGCUGUAACAACCACUUUCCUCUGUUCUCAUGGUUGUCAAACAUAAUAAACCUCAUACC